AUGCCUGAGCUGAAUGCCUUGCCUUGUUCCGAGGUAUUGAUGGUGCUCGUCGUUCUGAUUGCAUUUGUAUUCGUAGCCGUCCCGUCAGUAAAAUGCUUGACUUUCUGCGAUCAACCAGAUUCCUCAGCACGGUUGAGAGUCAUCGGAGGCACAAAAGCCACCAAAAGUGAAUUUCCUUGGCAAGCCGCUUUUGUGUCGUACGACGAUGCUAGCGCUGGAUUGAUGUGUGGCGCAACGGUGAUCGACGAAUACUGGAUCAUGACGGCUGCGCAUUGUAUUUUGAGCAAAACUAGAAAGUCGUAUAUUCUGACUGGUCUCCAAACAAUCAGAAAUCCACAGCAUACCGCAUAUACAAAACGAAUUGUUGUGCACCCUCAAUAUGACGCUAGCAGAAUCGCUAACGAUAUUGCCCUUGUUCAGAGCAAGCGUUCUUUGUUCAACUCAGGCAUCAACAGUAUAUGUUUGACUAGAAACGAUUCGUCGUUGUUCACUUCGGCUAAGAAAGGCUUAGUUACUGGAUUUGGGCUACACAUAGUGAACAGAUCGCUGUUCGGCAUCCGUAUGAAUAUAAGUAACGUCGUCCUGAAGACGACCGUUCCAAUCAUUCCUCUUGGACAGUGUCAGCAUCAAUGGUGGAUAUUAUCAGGUGGCACAGUAACAAUCUCCAAUAAGCAGAUUUGUGCUGGUUCGAAAUUACAUGGAACAGCACCGGGUGACAGUGGCGGUCCGCUUCUAGUUCAUGAUGCCGCCGGUCGAUUGGUACAAGUAGGAAUCACAUCAUUUGGUGCCGGAGGAGGAGAAGGACUCUUAGAUCAAGGCAAUUAUCCAGGUUUGUUUUUCCAAAUACUUUGA